AUGCAGCUAUUUGUGAAGUGCCCCACUGGCAGGACAAUCUGCCUCAGGGUCCAGCCAUCAGAUACCCUCCUUGCUGUCAAGGCAAAGAUUCAGGAACACCACCGCCUUUUCAUCGAUGGAAAGCAGCUGGAGGACAACCUUACAUUGGCUGAUUACGGCAUCCAGCAUAAGUCCACGCUUGACCUCCAAGAAAGUAUGCAAAUCUAUGUAAAGGAGACGCUAGCAGGCUUGACCAUCACUGUCGAGGUUGACAGCUUAGAUACCAUUGGCAAGGUGAAGUCCAAAAUUCAAGAUACUCAGGGCUUUCCCAAGGGUCAGCAGUGCCUCAUCUUUGCCGACAAGCAGCUGGAGGAUGAUAGCACCUUGGCAGACCUUAACAUUCUGAAGGAGUCCGCUCUUCUCCUUGUUCUCCGUCCGGGCAGUCCAGGUGGUAGGAUGCAGAUCUUCGUGAAAAUGGUAGAUGGAAAUAGCCAAACCUUUUGGGUUGCGAGCUCAGAUUCUGUGGACAGUGUCAAGGUGAAGAUCUACGAGGUGUCAGGCAUUCCCCCCAAACAGCAACGCCUCAUCUAUGCUGGCAAGCAGCUGCAGAACGGUCACAUACUGGAGGACUAUAACGUUCAGAGGGAUUCUACCCUCCACUUGGCGCUCUGCCUUUGUGAAAGUAUGCAAAUAUAUGUAAAGGAGACGCUAGCAGGCCUGACCAUCACUCUCGAGGUUGACAGCUUAGACACCAUUGGUGAGGUGAAGACGAAGAUUCAAAAUAUGCAUGGUUUUCCCAAGGGUCAGCAGUGCCUCAUCUUUGCCAACAAACAGCUAGAAGACGACAGUACCUUGGCAGACCUCAACAUUUGUAAGGGAUCCACUCUUCUCCUCGUCCUCCGUCUGGAUACUACAGGAGAAAGGAUGCCCAUCUUCGUGAGGACGCCGGUUGGAAAAAACAUCCCUCUUGAGGUUGUUAGCUCAGAUACAAUCGAUAAUGUCAAGGUGAAGAUAUAUGAGGUGGAAGGCACUCCCCCAAAACAGCAACGCCUCAUCUUUUGUGGCAAGCAGCUGCAGAACCACCGCACCUUGGCUGACUAUAACAUUCAGAAGGAACACACCCUCCAUAUGGUGUUCGCCCCUAGUGGUAUGUAUGCCGAGAUAAUUAAAAGCACACUGCUGCCCGGGAUGAAUGCAGAAGAGGAGGUUGCCUUGAUAGGCGUAGCAGCUGAGGAAGAAUCAGAGGCAGCAGGGCAGGCGGUGGGGACGGCGCGAGUUAGAUUGUCAAGAAAUCGGAAGCGGGGGCGCGACUACACGGGCGACAAUCAGCAAAUGCAUCUCUUUGUGAAGAGUCCCACCGGCAGGAUAAUCUGCCUCAGGGUCCAGCUAUCAGAUACCUUGUAUACCGUCAAGGCCAAAAUUCAGGAACAUCAACGCCUUUUCUUUGACGGACUACAACUAGAUGACAACCUUACAUUGGCUGAUUAUGGCAUCGAGCAUGAAUCCACCCUUGACCUCCAGGACAGCAUGCAAAUCCAUGUAAUGGAGACGCUAGCAGGCAGGACCAUCACUCUCGAGGUUGACAGCUUAGACACAAUUGGCGAGGUGAAGUCCAAGAUUCAAGAUAAUCAGGGCUUUCCCAAGGGUCAGCAGUGCCUCAUCUUUGCCGACAAACAGCUAGAGGACGACAGCACCUUGGCAGACCUCAACAUUUGGAAGGAGUCCACUCUUCUCCUUGUCCUUCGCCCGGCCAGUUCAAGACGUGGGAUGCAGAUCUUCGUGAAGAUGCUGGUUGGAAAGAUCAUUCCUAUUGAGGUUGAGAGCUUAGAUACCAUCGACAAUGUGAUCCUGAAGAUCUAUGAGGUGGAAGGCUGUCCCCCAAUACGGCAACGCCUCAUCUUUGCUGGCAAGCAGCUGCAGAACGACCGCACCCUUGCGUACUAUAACAUUCAGAAGGACUCUACCCUCCAUAUGGUGUACUGCCUUUGUGAAAGUAUGCAAAUCUAUGUAAUGGACACGCUAGCGGGCAGGACCAUCAUUCUUGAGGUUGACAGCUUAGAUACCAUUGACAAGGUGAAGUCCAAGAUUCAAGACAACGAAGGCUUUCCCAAGGGGCAGCAGUGCCUAAUCUUUGCCAACAAACAGCUCAAGGAUGACGACACCUUGGCAGACCUCAAUAUUUGCAAGGAGUCCACCAUUCUCCUUGUCCUCCAACGGGCCAGUACAAGAGGUAGCAUGCUCAUCUUCGUGGCGACGCAGGCUCCAAAGAAAAUCCCUCUUAAGGUAGAGAGCUCAGAUACUAUCAAUAGUAUCUCAAUGAAGAUCUAUGAGGCGAAGGGUACUCGCCCAAUACAGCAACGGUUCUUCUUUGAUGGCAUGUCACUCGAGGGCCACCGCAAGGUGGCAGACUAUAACAUUGAGGAGGGAGAUGUGCUGGACAUGUUCAUCUGCCUAUGUGGUUGUUGAGAGGCAUACGCGUGGUUAUUAGACGAGUAAUGGUGUGCUAUCAGUAAUAUCAUUCGGUAUGUCAAUGCGUUUAUUACCUGU